UGCUUUCAUCAUCGCAGAUUUUGACUCGAUGUAUUGUUUCUCUUUAAUUUGCUUCAAUGUCGUCUUUAUACACUCUAUGAACAAAACUGACCUGUACGUUUGUGAUAGUUUUAUAAACAUUUUGCACGCGAGUAGUAAUAAAUUAUUAAAUUAUAUUUACAUUAUAUUUAUGAAAGAAUUUUUAAGAGUUAUUGAAAACGGAAUCGAUACCACACGACGUGAGAGGUUGUUCAAGCCAAAUAUAGAUAUGGCAUUAAUUAGAAGAGCAACUCAUGCUGGUAGUUGGUACUCAGAUUCUGGUUCAGAAUUGAAUAAGCAACUAGAAGGUUGGCUGGGUGCAGCAGACCUAUCUCAUGGACCUGCUAGGGCAAUCAUUGCCCCACACGCAGGCUAUAGCUAUUGUGGAGGAUGUGCUGGUUUUGCAUAUCGUCAAAUUAGUCCAGUAGUUGUUCGCAAGAUAUUUAUUCUAGGCCCAUCUCAUUAUGUGAGAUUGCCAGGAUGUGCCCUCUCUUCUGCUUCCAUUUAUCGAACACCAUUAUAUGAUUUACAUAUUGAUCAACAAGUACGGAGAGAACUUGAAGAGACAGGACAGUUUGAAUGGAUGGAUUUGAAUACGGAUGAAGAGGAACACAGUAUCGAAAUGCAGUUACCAUUUCUAGCUAAAGUUAUGGAAGGAUUUAAAGAUUCGUUUACUAUAAUUCCCAUUUUAGUGGGAUCUUUAACUCCAGAAAGAGAAGCUCUUUAUGGAAGAUUACUAGCACCUUACUUGGCUGAUCCUCAAACAUUAUUUGUUGUUUCCUCAGAUUUUUGUCAUUGGGGACAAAGAUUUCGAUAUACAUACUAUGAUAGAUCAUGUGGCCCAAUUCACAGAUCUAUCCAAAAUCUUGACAAGAUGGGUAUGGAUAUAAUAGAAACAUUAAAUCCUACGAUGUUUACGGAUUAUCUUAAAAAAUAUGGCAAUACCAUAUGUGGCCGUCAUCCAAUUGGUGUUUUGUUACAGGCAAUACACAGUUUAAAAGGAAAUACUAAUGGUCAAAAAAUGAAUUUAAAAUUUUUAAAAUAUGCUCAAAGUAGUCAAUGCAAUAACAUGAAUGAUAGCUCAGUUAGUUAUGCAAGUGCUUCCUUAGUUCUUGAGUGAUGUUAUACAUUAUUUCUUUAUGAUCAAUAACAUCCGAGAGUAAAGACAUUUGAUGAAUGUGGUAACUAAAUUUAAUAAGGAUAUCAGUCAUAUUGUAAAAAGUCCAACUAUAUGAACCAUAGGUUAAGAUAAAAAAAAAAAAAAAAAAAAGAAGAAAAAUGAACAAAAAAAAAAAGAAGAAAAAAAAUAUUAUGGCUGGUACUAUUAAUCACAAAUAUGAAAGAGUUACCCUGUGUGCAAAAGAAACUAUUUGAUUGUUACAACGCAAA